AUGCACAACUCUAUCAACUCUCAAAAGCUUCAAGCUUUUCCGCUCUUCUUUUCCAAUCCUGAGCCCUACCGAACAACCGAUACGUUUCAUUUUUUACCGGUGGCUCCGUCUCUUUAUAAUUGUUGCCCUCUCUUUGGAAGCAGUUUUCUUUCCUUCUCUUCAAGCGUUCCCAUUUUGACCGAUAUUUCAGGCGGGGUUCCGUUAUUUGCUCCUAGAGGUGAAGUUUCAGGGCCCAAGACGAAAGUCGGAAAGAACCAUUCUGUGACUGAAGCUGAUCGAGCUACUCCUGUUCUUGAUGGAAUCGCUGCUGUUGUUGGCCAAGAUGUUCUCUUUGGAACAAACAAUGGGAAAUCUUCUGAUGCCGGUGGCAAAAACAAUAAUAAUAAUAAUAAUAAUAAUAAUAAUGCUAUUCCAGUUCAGAAGAACUACCGGGGGGUGAGAAAGAGACCGUGGGGAAGGUGGUCAGCGGAGAUACGCGACCGUAUAGGGCGGUGCCGCCACUGGCUUGGAACCUUCGACACAGCAGAAGAGGCGGCGCGUGCUUAUGACGCGGCCGCAAGGAGGCUUAGAGGGUCUAAAGCUAGGACCAACUUUGAAAUCCCCUCGGUUUUGCCUCUCACAUCGACUUCUAAUUCUUCAUCUUCUUCGUCUACUGAGGUUAAGAAAGUGAAGAGCAAAGUGAAUAGCGCGAGGAAGUGUUCAGUGGUGACCUCUGUGGCCCAUUUAUUUUCCAAUAAUUCUAAUGUUCUAAAAGUUGAAGGAAAUAGUAAUAAUCUAGAGCUCGAUUUGAAGCUGGGAGUUGGAUAUGGAAACAGAAAUAGAGCUCCGUCAAUGGCUACUGUUUAA